AUGCGGUACCUAAAUUACGACCCGUCGCUUUCACAACCCCCUCCCGUUGCUCUUCACUUCCCCCUCCCCGUCGCUUUCACAUCUCUCUCCCGUUGCUCUUCCUUUCCCUCUCUUCCCCGGCUCUUCACUUCCCCCUCCCGUUGCGCUCCACUUCCCUCUCCCGUUGCGCUUCACUUCCCCCUCCCGUUGCGCUUCACUUCCCCCUCCCGUUGCGCAUCACUUCCCCCUUCCGUCGCGCUGCUCAUUCUCCCUUGUUGGUUCACAUGCGCAAACGCCUCCUACACUGAGGGAUCCCCUUUUCCCCGCACCCACCAUUCCACCCCCGCUUCCCCCCCUUCUCCUGCAGUCGCUGGUGCACUUGCGCCAUCGGUGAGUGUGGGCCAUCAGCAUCACCAGCGCCGCAGCCUCGCUGCUCCUCGCCUUCCCCUGCCUUCUCUCCGCCAACCUCGCCUGGAAUGCCCUCUCCCACCACUCGUCCACCCCUCCCUCCCUGCCCUGCUCCUCUCCCACUGCCCCCUACCUCCCACCACCCUCCACCGCACUCCACUCCUCCUCCACGCCCUCACACCCCGCCGUGCGGCUAGCAUUGGUUACAAGCAGCAGUACCCCUCACACACCCCCACAUCUCUACUGCUGCUGUCUCUGACGCCCUUGUGUUACACCUCGCCCACUCCCGUCCCCACACGACCCCCACUGCCUUCUUCCUUUCGAACACUCUCCCACGCCCAUUGCCCCACUCCCCUCGUGAAAAAACCCGACUGCCCCCCGUCCUGUCCUUCACUCCCACCCGUCCAUUCCCCCAUUCCUUCCCGUCCAAUACCCCACUCUCCCUCGGCCUUUUCGCACGCAAUAAUCCUCCCUUUCCCCAACGCCAACCCUCAGCUUCCCCCACUUACGUCGCUUUCCCCCACUUCCCUCCGUCCAAUCCCCAACUCCCCCUCUGAAACUUCCCCCUUCUACCCAUGUCAUCCUCUCUUCCCCCCUCUAGGGUUGUCAUCCUCUCUUCCCCCCUCUACCCAUGUCAUCCUCUCUUCCCCCCUCUACCCAUGUCAUCCUCUCUUCCCCCCUCUACCCAUGUCAUCCUCUCUUCCCCCCUCUACCCAUGUCAUCCUCUCUUCCCCCCUCUACCCAUCAUCCUCUCUUCCCCCCUCUACCCAUGUCAUCCUCUCUUCCCCCCUCUACCCAUGUCAUCCUCUCUUCCCCCCUCUACCCAUGUCAUCCUCUCUUCCCCCCUCUACCCAUGUCAUCCUCUCUUCCCCCCUCUACCCAUGUCAUCCUCGCUGUCCCCUGCUACCCCACCCCCACUCACCGACCCACCCUCCUUUUGCUCCCCACCAGGGUUUAGAGGCGACUGUCAGGGGCCUGGCAUUUGUCGGUGACUCGUCUGCACCCCUUCCCCCCCCCACCCCCUCACUCCCCUCACCUCCCUCUGUUUGCUCCCAACCACGAGCGUGA